AUGGAUCGUUUCCAGGACAUUCAACGCAAACAGGAUCUAUCACGAGAGGACAUCGACGAGUUCCUGCGACAAAGGCGGGACAACAGGACGCCCAGGGCUUGCUAUCCCUGCCAUCAACGCAAAGUCAAGUGCAACUACGUGAAGCCUUGUCAAACAUGCAUCGAUCGAGGCUAUCCCGAAAUCUGCAUCUACGAUGUACCCCGUACAAAGUCGUUUCCCGAUAACACCUCAACUUCAAUUGCCGCCGGCACCACCCCCGCAGGUUCAGACGAGCCGGUGGCGGGACAGAAGCUCGCUUUGUUCGAGCAGACGCUGUGGAAGGUGAAAGAUGACAUUGAUCGGGUCCUGGGGGCGUGGACACCAAGGCCAGAAGCGUCCACCGUCGGGCAAUCACGACAGAGUCCGAACAGAGACGUGACAUGGUGGACAAGCCAGGCACUUGGGCCGAACACGCGGGGCACUGGUCAAGCUGUACACCUGGCACAGCAUCCAGCGCAGUCUUCAGUUCUUGCGGAAGGAAGUGCUGGUCCGGCGGGCUGGGCACAGGAUAUUUCGAACCAAGAGAUGCUCUCUAUCUUUGCCCUGGAAAAUCAGUCGGUUACCUACCCCUUCUCUGCCCUGUGGGGGUUACACAAUGAGCCAACCUCGAGAUUUCAGAGUCUGUGCGAAUUGCUCCCUAGCGACGUCGACUGCCACAGCCUCUUCGGAUGUUACAGUGAGACGGCCCACGCAGUUUUCCCAGCCAUUCCCGACCUCGAUCAAUUCCAGAACGACCUGAAUGAAUUCCUUGCCCGACGUUCAAGCACCCAAGAGACACCCCCAGACCCAGACCCGGAACCGCAUGCGGGACUAGGGGUCAGAAACCUGCAUUGGCUUGGACUGCUUUUCGCAUGUCUAGCUUCAGGUUGUCAAUAUUCAACCCUCCCCUGCGAAGAACGUCGCUGGAGAUCACGAGUAUACGUGUGCUGCGCCUACGAAUGCUUGCGAUCUACCAACUACCUCGGGUACCCCACCAUGAUCGACGUUCAAACCAUGUUGGUCAUUGCCGAUGUCAUGGCCAACAGCCUCGAUGCCGGCGUUGCAUGGUGCUUUGAGGGAUUGACCAUCCGGCUGGCGCAAAGUCUCGGACUGCACCUCGAAACCCCUCCCUCCACAUCAGACAGCCUUCAGAGGCUCCGAAAAGAACUAUGGUGGCGCAUCAUUUGGCAAGAAAGUUCGCUUGCCUUAGCUUUUGACAGACCUUCAACACUCCAGGUCCAAAGAACGAGCGGGAUUUCCGGAUCCAGCGAACUUUCCUACGACGAUUGCAUGAAGGGCAUCUCACAAAUCGGCCUCGAAAUCGUCCGGGAGCGUUCUUCCAGAGUAGCGGGCCAGCCCAACCUUGACGAUAUAUCACGAUAUCAGGGAGUCCUGAACGAAAUGUCCCAAGAAGCUUCACCGUAUCUCAGGGAUGCAACUCUUUGCCACACCACCAAAGCUCGGCUCGAGUACUGGAGCCUUUACCUACACCGGUCGUACAUAAACGCCGAACUUUGUCGGACGCUUCUUCGAGAUAGAGGCUCCAGCCCCGAUGACAUGGAUAACUACGUGCGAUACCUGAGCGGUACGAUCACGGGCUUCCUCCACCUGCAGGUCAUUGCCCCUGCCGUCAAGCAGUCUUCAAUAUUUGUACAGCGAUCACUGAGCUCGGCUUUGAUGUUGUGCACCAUGGACGAUCUUGCAAGAACGAGACCGGUGCAAUACCUUGUCGAAAAUUUUAUUUCAGUCAUGGAAAGCGCUUGCACCCACUGUGCUGAGGCGCACUUGCCCACCCCUUUCUCGAAAUCCGUUGCCAAGCUACGUCAAAUGGCAUCGACACGGUGGAGUUCUGAUUCUCAAAGCUUUUCUAAUGUUCCAGGAUCGACAGAGAGCCACGAAAUGAUGAAUUGA